AUGAAAGAGCUCGGAUUAACCUUCGAGCACUCUGUGAAAGACGCUGUGGACAAAUCACUUCGGGAGAAAAAAGCUCUGGUCGUUUACUGCGCCGCGGAAGAUGACACUUGGCUGGAAAACUGGUUUGGUAAUGAUAUAGGACAAACCUUGGAAAACAAGUGUAUAGCAUUGAAACUGCGGCCGGGCUCGGGCGACUUUCAAUACUUUGAGCAAAUUUGUCCCAAAGUGCCAAUUCCUAGUGUUUGUUGCAUCGUAGAGGGCAAGAUUGCUGCGAUAAUAGAUGGUAACGACACAGGCCAUCAUAGAUCGACUUUGAUGGCAUGCUUCAACAUCAAAGUGCCUCCCGCCACUCCCGAAAUACCUGCUACCAAUAGGGAUAUUGCUGAAUUUGGUCAUAGAAGUCCCACUUUAAAAGAGCAAACGGCUCAAAAAGCGGCGCAAAUGUACCAAGAGAGUAUGUUGAAACAAAAAAAAAUUGAUCAGGCAGAGCGCGAAAGGAUCAUUCGGCUCGUCAAGGCUGACCGCGAAGAGUUCAAUGCCAAGAGACGCACUAAUCUGGAUUCAGGGCCACAGGUACCUGUUAACCUCUUAGAUAACAUUCAUGAUAACAUAAAGAAUACAGAGCAUCUGCUGGCCAAAACGUGUACGCUCCAAAUUCGUCUUCUCAAUGGACAUGCAAUAACGCACCAAUUUCCGUCCUCGACCAAGUUAGAUACAGUCAGACAAUGGGUCGACGCCAAUAGAAACGACGGGGAUGCGCCUUACGUGUUUUUUAGAAGCAUGCCGCGCGAGGCUUUUGUUGAGUCCGAUGAAUUGAAAUCACUCAGUGAAUUGCAGCUCACGCCACGCUCCGCAGUCAUAUUAAAAGCUAUUGAAAACGACAAUAAAAGGCCACGCGUAAUUGAUGCACAAGGACCAGGCCUCCUCGGCAAAAUGUUUAACUCAGUCUCCGGGUGGUGGAAUUCUGGUAAGCAACCUGAAUACGAUAUUGCGAGUCGACCAACUUCAAAAUCUGCUCUUCCCUAUUUAGACGAUUCUGCUUCAUUGGCGUCGUCAAGGUAUGUAUCUCCUGCGAACUCCCCGCGCAUUAAACACCAACUAGCGCGCAACCCGUCAGAGUUAAGCCUACCCUCAAGACCUGUGUCGCCAAAUGUUUUCCAGUUUGUGAACACGAAUGAUGAAAACAACGAUGACUCCGACCGCAAAACCUUUAAUGGGAACGGCGUCAAACUCGAGGACAAAAAGGAUGAGUUUGAGUAG